ACGAAAGUUACAGAAAAACUAAAAAUGUCUCUGGAUAAACUAUUAGAUUAUUUGGAGCCAAAAACUUUUGGCAAAAUUCACUAUGUAGUAGUGGUUUUUUGGAUCCUGAUUGGUGUCAUCCCCCUUGUUAUAUUCGCCGAAAUGGAAAACAGCGAACCAAGGUUUGAUUUCCGCUGUGACGCAGCGAAAAGUAAAAACAUCGACUUCGUCCGGGGAAAAUGUUACGAGAAAUACCAGGAGCGGUACAACAAAUUCGCUUUGCCUGUGUACGGCUUCGUAAUCAUAAAUUUCGUCCUCAUUAUAUUUGUAUGUGUUAUCUACUCCCGAAUGGUAAGACCUACAGUCAAUCGACUGUCGCGAAGCAUUCGCAACGGUGAUCCAGAGAGACAGUCGCAAGAUCAAGAGAGCGCAUUAUCAACGGGAAAGAAGCUUUUUAUCGCUUACUGCUGUCAACUAUCCACAAGACUUGUUUUAGGAGUUGUUUUCAUCAUCCUACAAACUCAGUUGCUUUAUCCUUCAAAGUUUUCCUCUAAGUUUCACUGUUACUUAACCGAUGGAACCACUCAGCCAAGGAAUUCAUCUAACAACGCCCAACACUCUACUUUGCACGACUGUCACAAUCAACGAGCGGCAAAGAAAACCUUCUGGAUGGACUUUGUCCUUGUGUUAAAUGGAAUUUUCGUCGUUAGUAUUCUGAUUGAAAUCGUCUACAUUUUUUUUAAGGCAUGCAAAGAAAGGGAUUUCAUGCAAAACUCAAAGUUUCAAGCAUCUCAUCUAAAUCCUCCCGAAGAAUCUCGGCAGCAAGAAGAAAGAACACAACUUGUAACAAACAACCCACAUGAACCUCAGCGGCAAGAACGGACAGAAACAAACAUCUCACAAGAAGACCAUGAUACGAACAUCCCACAUCUGCCAAGCGGGCCUGAACAACUCGUAAAAUCACCGCUUCAGGAAUUCAUCCAGAAUACAAAGAAAAUGAUCAUGGACGACACUUAUCAACCUGCACAACUCAGGUCGCUUUUUCCAAGUCCUCCUGGCAAAGGACACCCACCUAAACAUUUGACUCUGGAUCAGAUUUACACAAACCUUGUUGUUGUACCUAACAUGGCUGAUUAUGACUUUACUGAAGACAGACGGAAGAAUUUGCAAAUCUACGCCAGGUCGGGUGAGAAAAACGAAACACCGAGAGGGCCAGAGGACAUUCUUAAUCAUGAAAACAAACACAUUUUGAUCUUCGGUCGUCCCGGAAUCGGAAAGACUCUUUGUUGUCUAAAAAUUCUCAGAGACUGGGCAUCUAACGAAGAAUUCGAUCAAGCAGCCGAUAACAAAAUCCACUUUGAUGCUGCUUUCUUUGUCAAAUUCAGAAGAUUCAACGUUGCAACCGACCUUAGCCUUCGGGAGCUACUGACCCGCUCCACAUACUCACCCAGGAAUGAGCUGGAUGAGGAAGUCUGGAAUUACAUCCUAGAAAACCCGCAGAAAGUUCUCCUUAUUUUCGAUGGAAUUGAUGAAUUUAAAUUUAACUCAGAAAUCAGCGCGGAAGAUAAUAGACGUCAAUUCACAAACAGCGUAGACGAGAAGAUGCCCCUCUCCGCGCUUUAUGCCAAACUAACGACUGGAAAACUUCUCAACGGGGCAGCAGUUUUAACUACUACAAGACCUACAGCUUUUUCAUGCCUCGACAGUAUUCCUUUUGACAAAAUUUUCGAGAUCCUUGGCUUCUCAUCCGAACAAGUCGAAGAAUACGUAACCAAAUUUGCUGAAGAAGACAAGGAAGCAGGCGACACAGUAAAGCGUCACAUCACCAGCAACAUCAAUAUCUUAUCUCUAUGUUACAUUCCUGCGAGCUGCUUCAUCAUUUGCUCAAGUCUCUUUAAAAUGGUGAAGUUCUAUACUCCUAGAGGUCUUAACCUACCAACAAGUUUAACAGGCAUAUACAAGAGAGCCGUGAAAAUUUUCUACUUGAGACACAACGAAGAAUUUCGCGAUGAACAUUUCACUCGGAAAGACUUUGAAACAGAUGAAUUGCCCCGCGAAGAAGAAAAAAAAUUGGAGAAACUACAAAAAUUGGCAUUUAAAGGAAUUAAAGAAGGAAGGCUGAUCUUUGGAGCAAACGAAGUACGCGGAAUGGAGGACAGCGCUCUAUUUCACCGCUUACCCGACCGUGAAGUUGACUCGUUUAGUAGCGAAGGACAGUUCUGUUUUAUUCAUCUCACAAUGCAGGAGUUUUUCGCUGCGAAGCACCUAACUAACAUGAGUGAAACAGAAUUAAAAACCUUUGUUCAAAUGAACAUUAAGGAAGGCAAAUGGCAGCUGGUUUUUCAGUUUGUAGCAGGAUUAAUGGAGAAUAAAAAUAACCUACCAAGCGAAAUUAUCACAGACCUUCUUCCUGUGAAAACUGAAGGAAAAGAACACGAACUCUACAACGUACAGUGGCUAGAGAAUCAAGAGAAAACAAAAGUGACCCGCUGGCCGACUAUAGACGAACAAUAUUUAGCAGUGACAUUAAUGAAAUGUUUAAACGAAAAUAGUAGAAUGAAGUCAGAAGCACAGAGAAAACUUCAACAAAUUAACUUUAAUUGUGUAAAUUUUAUUAAUUGUCACCUCACAGCUGUUGAUUGCUCUUCGUUAGUAAAUGUAAUUAAUAUUCAACAAAUUUCACAUUUAGAUUUGAGUCACAAUAACAUUGGUCCAUUAGGCUGUUUGGAGAUUUGUAAAUUGUUAAAAUGUAGGGAAUCUCAACUGAGCUGGUUAUACCUCACAUAUAAUCAAUUGACAGAUGAAGCAGCAAAGUAUUUAGCUGAAGCCAUCAACAACAACAACUGUCAGCUACGCAUGUUAAACCUCUCAUACAAUAAAAUCUCAGACAUUGGAGCACAGUACUUGGCUGAAGCCAUCAGCAACAACAACUGUCAGCUACGCAUGUUAAACCUCUUCUUAAAUAACAUCACAAAAGCAGGUGAGCAAAAGGCACGUAAUUUACUAAGCAAUAGUCAGUCUAAGUGUAAGCUAAUUCUUUAGGCCUCAGCAAUUCCAAUUAAAAACUAAAAAGAAAUUAUUAGAACCACUUACUAUUCAAAAUAACUGUGAGGUAACCAGCUCAGUGAUAAUUACAGCCCAACAGCUCAAAUCGUGAAUGAAAGCAAACUUACUCUGUGAAGCGCUCAGAGCAGCGAGAUUAUUUGAACCGGAUCGAAAUGAAGAAAAAUGAACCAAUGAACAUGUUUAUUGAGAACAAACGAUGUCAAUCUUUUUUUUUUAAAAAACAAACCAAUAACAUCGAAGUAAAAAACACAAAGCUUCCCGCAGAGAAAACAAUCAAACCUCGGACCUCUCAGGAAACUUUUUCAUUUUAUGAUUGGUUAGUUUCGAUCCUAAAUUCUCUCCAUGCUUCUGUAUGUUUUCAUCGCUUGGAGUUUUGUGUGAGAUUUUAAGCGGAUUAGAUAAAUGUAUACAUUACAGAUUACCUGGUAGAAUGCCAGGUUUUCUCUCUUUCAUUUCUUGUGUUUUCUACAAUUCUUUUUUUGAUUUUUUUUCAUUUCUCGUGUUCUCUGUCAUUUUUUUUUUAUUAAAGCGAACCGGUUCAAGUAGUUUCACACUUUGGGCAAAAUAUUGAAAAAAUGAGACCAAAUUGUAAAUAAAAUCAUCUUGCUUUCAGACAGAAGGCCUGUUACUUGUUCAAUAUAAUAAAUGUUGUAGAGUUUGCAUUCAAAAUCCGAUGAAGCAUCAGACUUACCCAGUUGAGAUUUUAACUUACCAGUUAUUGUUAACCCUUUAACUCCCAUGAGUGACCAAGACAGAAUUUCUCCUUACAACAUCAAUACAAUAUCCACUACAUAAGUGAUGAGAAUAAAGAAAAAUAUCAAUUUGGGGAUAAUAAGUUGAUCCAAUACUAAUUUCUCUGAACUAACAUUAUAGGAAUUGUAUGGUUGACAUUUAGGAGAAUUACAAAUUUGAUCUGGGAGUUAGAGGGUUAACAAAUGGAGCCAGACUUCCAAAUUUGUCAAGACUGUACAAUAAAUUUUG